AGUGUAUUUGUCAUUAUGUUCAUGAUUGUGUCCCUUGAAGGAGAUAAAGUGGCUAGCCGAUUGGCGGUGGACGAUGCGACUGGGAACAUUUACUUCUCUGCCAACCGUCCUGGCACGGGGAUUGGUUCCAGUUAUAUUGCUGUCGUUACUCCUGACGGCAAGUCGAAGAAGACUUUAGUUAAUAAUCUUAGUAGGGCUCGGGCGGUGGCACUCUACAGCUCCAAGGGGUUAAUGUUCUGGACGGAUAUUGGCUUUGGUGCGCACGUGGGACGUGCUAAUAUGGAUGGGUGUAAGCGAAAAAGGAUAAUUACAACUGCGAUUAAAUCCCCAAAUGGAAUUGCCAUCGACUUCGAAGAGGACUUUCUGUUUUGGUCUGACGGAGGUCGAGGCGUCAUAGAGAGGUGCAGUCUCGUUGGAGCUGACAGACAAGUACUUGUGAAGGAUCCUGAUGCUUUCAUCAUGGCGCUCGUCAUCGACGGAGACAAGCUGUAUUACACCGCAUGGAACAGAGGAGGCAUUACUGUCGUAAACAAGGCGGACGGAUCCAACAAACAUUUUUUGAUGGAGUCACCAGUAUUUGCCGAACUCGGGGACUUCCUUAUCGUGCGACCUAACAAAGGAACUCCAGUGAUAAAUCAAUGUACUAACAAUAAUGGGAGGUGUGUUGGUCUCUGUCUUCCUACGCCCAAUGGCAGAACGUGCGCAAGAGCAGACCGUGUGGGGUUACAACCAGAAGGCCCUACCUGCGUGGAAGAACCCUCCUCAACUACCAAAACCUCGGAACCCUCCUCAACUACCAAAACCUCGGAACCCUCCUCAACUACCAAAACCUCGGAACCCUCCUCAACUACCAAAACCUCGGAACCCUCCUCAACUACCAAAACCUCGGAUUCCAUCACUUCCUUGAUCAUCUUUCCUCGCCUUUCUGCUCUGCUAAUUGCGCGGAAAUGGAGAAGGCAGGAGAAAGAAACCUCCAAUAUAACGUUGGUUACCUUAGCGGUCCAUAAAAGGCUCGGGUAUCAUCUGUGACGUAAACAAAUAUUACAGAGACUAGCCUUAGAGCCAGUGGUAGUCUUCGAAGUAAAACAAUAACAACGUUGCCUGAUGAUCAUUAACGAUGUACUGAUGUAUUUUAUUAACCGGAAACCCUUCAUGCCAUGACAACUGUUGUCAAGGGCAAUAGUCUUGUGCAUAUUAACAAAUUGCUUAAAGAAACUUUUCAAUCAAAAUUAAAAUGUAAAAUAUUAUAGCUUACAGCUGACACCACAGUUAUUUGCAAAUGGCGACAAAGAAUUACAGAUCUGGAUAUAGCCUACAAAUUUAUCUUUUUAACGGUAUUUUAUUUUGUGAAAUACGUGUACAUGUGCUUUGGUCUUCUUAUCAAGAAAUACCGCCUGCUUGUAAGGUCUUAAAAAUGCUAUAAAUAGCUAAACGUUUUGAACUGUUUGCUAUUUUAUGAUGUUGUUCAUCUUAUUACCCUACCUGUGUGUUUAGACUCCAUUUUUGAUUGAUCUGAUACAUCUUAAUGAAACCCAACAUCCAGCUAAUAAUGUUUACACGCUUAUGCACUAGAGUGAUACAAUUUGUCUUCCACAUUAUUAAAUAUCGUGUCAAUCUGACUUUUUAUAUCUAAAAUUUGCAGUUAUUUAGCACUAGAGUUAACGGUGUUUUGGAGUUAUAUACAUGUAGGUGUAAUCUCGUAGAAGUGUAUUUUCUUUACUUCGCGUAAGUUUUGUAUAUGUAUGUAUAUGUUGUAUGUGGACGCUUAUAUGUGUAUAUAUAUAUAUUUGCUUUAAAAAUACCUUUUCCCCAAUAACAUUGUUUAUUGUAGAGCAAUGUUGCGAUAUUUGUAAGUGUAUUACUAAUUAUUAUGUCAACAUACAAAAACUUUUAACUUGGGCUCUACUCACAUAUUAUACAGCAAUAAAAUAUAUG